CACUUAUCCACCAAUUCAUAAAAAUCAUAAUCCCCUAUAUCUCCUUUAAUCAUCCAUACGACGAUUUUCUCCAACUAUCAAGAUUACCAACACGCAACGGCAUCUGAGAAAAUUGCAAUAAUUUUCCGAUCCUCUACUCCUGACCCUUAUUUCGAAAAUUCCAACGAGAGCAUUUUCACGGCUACUUCGCCGCAAACGUCCCCAUUCACUUAAUUUUCGGGAAAUUCAUGACAGUUAUUGUAUUUUCGUAUGGUUGGGAUCAUUUUCUGGAUGAACUCGAGCUAGGUCAGUGCGCACGAAAUAAUUGUGAAGAGCUCCAAAAUGCGUGGCGAACACAGAAAGCCAUUAGACCCGAUAGUUUCGUGGAACCAUGAAACUUGAGGUCACAAUGAAACUGUCCCAGUGGACAUCUGCCUUCCAUUUUUCUUUUUACGGCAAUCGUGAAAAUAAUCAUGCCCAGUCUCCUUUUAAAGUCGGAAGAUUUUCGGCUCGUGCCGCGGUGAGUCUGUUGGUUACGCUUCAUGCACUGCUGAUGCCUGUCCCUUCCUCUACUUGGUGCUCUGGACGACGUCCUGUGGAAUAUUACCCUCGUGGAUUCAGUUUUUAUCGGGCCACGCACGGAUACGGAAUUGAGGCGAAGAGAAACCCAGAAAAAUAGCCAGUGAUGUCACUCCAAUAAAAUAUGAGUGGAUUCCGUUUGUGUUAAUUAUUGAUUCUAAAUGUUGAAUUGUGAUUGUGAAACUACAUGAGCGACUCGAUAAGAAGAUUUUUUUCAUUUUUUGUAAGAGCGAUUGCAGUGCUUUCGGCUAACGGGGCAAUUGUUCGAUAACGCCGUUUACAGUUAUCCCACUGAAAGUCCCCAAAUGUACCCUGAGUCCGUGACGAAGUACAAGAGAACGAUGAUGUGAAUGAUAACAAAUAUAUCUACAAAAUUAUGAUCAUAAAAAUUUAAAAGCAUCACGAGAAUUUUAUUCGUCGAGAUCUCGAGUUUAAUCACGAGAAAUGAAGGCACUGCACUUUUCAUGGCUGUGGCACGCUUGUUUCGUUUUAUCUGGAGUACUGAUUGUUUGUCGAGAUGGCGAUGGACGUUAUACAGAGGGGCUCAAUAUCAACUUGGGUGAGGCUUUGCAAUUCCUCCGAGAGUACGAUCGAGAGGCCUCCAGUGUUUGCACCCGUACCAUGAUGACACAAUGGAACUUCGCGACUAAUAUCACGGAUUAUAACAGACGGAAAAUGUUGGAGGAACAAACGUUGAAACUGAAGUUCGAGCGGUCUUCCUGGAAAAAGGCCGUGAGCUUCGCUUGGUCGAGAAUUCCGGAUCCAUUGGCUAGGAGGCAGUUGAAAAUGAUCGCAGUCAAGGGAAGAAAUUCAUUGACAGAAGACAAAUUCAAUGAGAUACAUCACUUGAUUGUGGAAAUGAAAGAAUCGUACACCAGAGCCCGAUUGUGCCCGUACAAAAAAAUGGGAACAGCUUGUGACCUUGAUAUGGAUCACGACGUAAGUAGAAUAAUGGCAAAAUCGCGGGAUUACGAGGAGCUGCUGCACUACUGGAGAGCAUGGCAGGAGGCAGUGGGUCCUCCCUUGAAGAACAAGUACAUGAGAUAUGUGCAGUUGGCGAACCAGGCGGCCCGACUAAACGGCUUCUCCGACGCCGGGGAUCAGAUGCGAGAGGCCUACGAUGACGAUUAUUUCCAGCAGAACAUCGCUGAAGCCGUCUCCACAAUCACUCCCCUGUACAAACAUCUCUUCACGUACGUCAGGACGAAAUUAAUUGAGAGAUAUGGGGAUAAGGUGAGGGCUGAUGGUCCUCUCCCAGCGCAUCUGCUAGGGAACAUGUGGGCGCAGAACUGGGAGGGAAUCUAUGAUCUUGUAGAGCCUUUCCCAGCCGCCAGGAGAUUCGACGUUACUCUUGACAUGAUCAUUCAGGGAUUCACUCCCUUGAGAAUGUUUCAAAUGUCCGAAGAAUUUUUCACAUCGAUGGGGAUGAAGCCAAUGCCCCCGGAAUUCUGGAGAUACUCCAUGUUCGAAAAGCCAAUCGACCGGGAGGUGAAAUGUACUGCGAGCGCUUGGGAUUUUUGCAAUCGCAUUGAUUACAGAAUUAAACAAUGUACAAGAGUUACAAUGGAGGAUCUACUAUCGGCCCACCAUGAAAUGGCGCACAUCGAGUAUUACCUACAGUACAAAGACCAACCUCUGAUAUUUCGAAACGAAGCCCUGCCGGGCUUUCACGAGGCUGUCAGUGAUGCAAUGGAACUCUCCGUGAUGAAUCCCAGGCACUUGCAGAGGAUCGGCCUCUAUAAUAAUUCCACUGACGAUUACGAGAGUAAUAUCAACUUCCUCAUGCUUAUGGCCCUGCGAAAAGUCGUAUAUCUGCCGUUUGCUUAUAUUGUUGAUCAGUGGCGAUGGAGAGUAUUUAGUGAUGGGGUCGCAGACAUGACUACACGCUGGUGGGAGCUGCGACUCCAAUAUCAGGGGAUUGUUCCUCCCAUUGCGAGAAUCGAACGGGAUUUCGAUCCUGCGUCAAAGUAUCAUGUUCCAGCUGACAUUCCUUAUGUCAAAUAUUUCGUUGGAACAGUAAUGCAGUACCAGUUGUACGAAGCCCUGUGCGAUAUUUCUGGGCACAAAGGGGAUCUACAUUCGUGUGAUCUUUACCGAUCCAGAGAGGCUGGAAGACUCUUAUCGGAUGUUUUAUCGCAAGGGUCCUCAAGACCUUGGCAAGACAUUGUGAGAGAAAUGACCCGAGGCAGAACAAACAGAAUCGAUGCCUCUGCCUUAAUGAGGUACUUCGAUCCUCUCUAUAAAUGGCUGCAGCGGCAGAAUGUCAUGGAACCGGUGAUUGGGUGGAUUACGAGUCAAGAUGAUACUGCUCUCUUUGCCCAUUGGUAUGGAAACUCCGCUGUGAGCAUCACUUAUCGUCCCUAUUUUGUCUUCAUUUUCAUCUCAGUUCUCUUCGUACUGAAUUGGUAAGAGACGAAACGAAUCCCUGUGAAAGCUUUGUACAUAUGGAGUUAAAUCAAUUAU